CAGAACUGGAGUGGUGAAUAAAGCAAGUGUUCGUUUUCCACACUUAAACUCUGAUAGUCUCUGUGUCUCACAGGGAUAGUUUAAAUAUCGUAGUGUUUUAUUUACACUGCAGUCAAAUCAUACUGUGUCAGAUAAUCUGCAAAGAAUAAACACAUGAGCCCUUUAGUCUGAUUUUUUUUUAUUAUAAAAAUAAUUCCAAGCUCAGCAAUGACGGACCAAGAGUCCUGGCUGAACUGUGAGAAGACUGCCGUCUUGCAGGGCGGGUUUCUGCUGGCAAAUCAGUUAUGCCAGCCGGAGCCUCUGUCCGUUUUGAGAAAAGAGGACUGGAAGCACGUUGGACGCCCUGUAAUCCAGGCCAUCACUGAAGUAUGUGGAGAGUUGUGUGUAACCAACCACGAGAGACUUCACUGGAGAAAGAGAAUUCUGUGUAUUCUAUGGAGCAAAAUUUUGGAGAAUGAAAAAGGAGAGGAUCUUGAUAUCAGAUGGAGGGAAAAUCCAUUAUUUUCCUUUCAGAACAGCCUCCCUGAUAUCAGUCAUACAGUCCUGUUUGAACUGAUCAAAUCCCUAGACUUCUUCAGCAUCUACGUUGAGUUGCUGCAGUGCUUCGAAUCAGUCCAGCAGUGCAUGGAGUUGGAGAGAUUAGUGAAGCAUGUUACUAAGGACGGCACAGAGGCUGAUGUGAAAUUCUUGCUAGAGGUGUGGUGGGAGCUGUUGAAGGGAAGGAAAGAAACCAAGGACAACCUGGACCAAAUCUUUACUGCCCAGUGUGUACAGUUCACACAGACCCUCCCAGACUGCUCACCACAAGCUUCAAAACGAUUUAAACCAGACCCAGAUUUGGACGUGUCCACCACAUGCGUAAUGUCGAUCCUAUUUCAAGGACUGAAGGACGUAAAGGAUAUUAUAACUUCAUCCGAGAUGUGUUAUUUUGCUCUCUCCAACUGCCUAGACAUGAUGUACACUUUCUAUUUGUUGAACCAUGCAACAGACCUCCCAGCUGAAGUCAAACUCCAGAACAUUGCCCGCUCAGUGAGCCUGCGAAAGAGAAAUAAUCCUUUGGAAGGGGUCGAUAUUAUUCAGGCCAUACGUGAGUCUCUGAGAGAUCUGAUUGCGAUACUCACUCCUGCUCAGAGCAAGCCAUGUGGAAUUACCCUGAUGCAAGCCAUGGACACAGUACUUGAAAUGAUACAUGGAUGGAAAAACAGAGGGUUAUUGAGGAUGCCCACUCAUGACCCGAGUGCUUUAGCAAUCCGUCUCAAAGAUAGUCUGGGCAGAGUUGUGAAGUCUUUGAAAGUCCAGCCUGAGAACCUGGAUGGAAAUGGACAGAUGGCAAAUAGUUUGAAAGUAACUUUAGAAGAUUUACUUUCAUCCUCCUCGUCUUUUAAUGUGCCGGAAAGUCCAUCAAAUGAAAUAGCAAGUGUUGCAAUAACAAUCAUUGACCAUAAUCUGAAGGGUUUUGAGGAUCUUCCUAAGCUUUUUGCCUCCAAACUGAGCCAGACUUUCAGUGAUGCAGAGUGGCUAAGCUGCCUUGAGAGAAACAAAGGUGCAUUUCAGAAAAAAGACCUCGUCAUGGCCUUAGUCUCUUCUCUUAUAUCCAAAUGCCAAAGCGAUGCUGAUGUAACCCACUGCAAAAAACUCAAGGAUAUUCUUGUGGAAAUCUUUUCCCAGCUGUCUUUACCAGACAAGAAUGCAAUCCUUUCUGAAAUUCUUACCUUAUCAAAGAAAGGUUUGCAUGGCUUCCUUCCCAGCUCAGUAACCGUAGGCUAUGACAAGGAGCUCAAUCUUGCUUUUAAUUGCAUCAUUCAAGGUAAAGCAAAAAGCAGCAGCCUGAGCUCAGCCGUCAAUGCUGUGGCUCGCAUGGCCUUUCAGAACCCUGAAGCCACCAUGCACCGGUGCUGCCACAUGGCUGUGGCGAACCUUGGUGCUCAUACUCUCCUUGCUCAGAUUCUCCAGCAGCUCUCUGGACUUAAGAGCACAUCCAGGGACCUGUAUGGGACAAGAAACAAGGAAUACAACUUGUUGUGCAAAUGUCUGCAAGAUACUAUGUGGAACAAACUCUCUUCACCUCAAGAGGAAGACCAGUUUCUUUGUUUCCUGUCAGCAUUAAUGGAGUCCAAUAUUAUUAAUCAAAGGGCAGAAGAAUCAAGCUUCCUCCUCCCAGAGGACAUUGUACAUGUUUUUGUCUUGCCUUACUUCUCCUUUUCGGACCCCCAACCCUGCAGACUUGAAGUGUGCUUACGUCUUUUCCAAUCAGCUUUGGCCUGUGUACCCACAGAUGAUGUGCACUGGAUAAUGAACUGCUCUCCAUUUCCUCUCCUGUACUGUCUCGCUCAGCUUUUGAACAGUUGGAGUAAGUGCUGGGAGCAACAACUAGAGGGUGAUAUUGGUUUAUCUCUUGAAUCCAAAGAACUAUUGAUCUCCAUUCUGACCACAGUGGGCAAGGCAGUUGGUAAGGAAGUGGCUAUAGCUCCUAGUACAUGGUCCAGGGCACUUUCUUGGCUUUAUGCAAAAGUGGAAGAACUUGACUGGACUGUCCGCAUUCACCUCAAAGAAGUGUGGGGAGAGCAUUUCAAAUACGAGGUGCCAACCUCUCUCAUGGCUGUAUCUGAGCUCUCUGAGCAGGAGUGGUCUGGAUUGGUGUUGCCUCACUAUGGUCAAGGCACUGGCUUGAUGGCCUGGAUUGAAUGUUGUUGUCUCUCAGAUCACAUUCAGGAAAUAAUGCUGGACUCCCUCUCUCUCAACCUGCUCAACCCAGAGGAAGUAACCAUGUUUGGUAAAGGCUUGCUGGUGGCAGUGUCUCAGGUUCUCCCCUGGUGCACAGUUGGUGAAUGGCAGCGACUACUGAAAGUGUUGCAUAAACUCCUCCAGUCAGAUAAGCUUCAUGUACCAUACUCCCUGGAAUAUGUGGACUUCCUCCCAUUACUUGACCUUCGUUCAUUUGCUCAUGACCUGCAGGUGUCCGUGUUCCUGCUGCGUACGUUUCAGCUGCUCUGUGGCUCCAGCUGUAUAGGAUGGCUGCCUCCCCAGGGCUGGGCACAUGUAGGUCGGCUCUGUGCUACUGCCAUGAGAGGCACCAUAGACUCUGUGAAGAAUAAAGUGCCACUCCAAUCCACCACCACCUCCCCUAAAAGCCACAUCAUGGGUAGUGGAAAUCUCUGUCAGGAAGUUCUGUUUGUGCUGACUCAGCUGUUUUGCCAUGUGCUCCACAUGCAGGUGAUGAUGCCUGGCCAGCCAGAGCCUUUGUUUCUGUGUGCACUGGAUAUUCUGUCCCACUAUGAAGCUGUACUGACUGCAUACCCCAAGAGCAGCAAUGCCCUACAGGUAGCCAAUACACGCCACUUCUUUACCACCAUUACAGAUAAUCUGCAGUGCACGGACAUGAGAGCUGUCCUGCACCAGAAGAUUGCUCAGCUAUAAGGAUCAAAUGGCAAAUUAAUGCUAUUGAUUUAAAAAUGAGUUUCUUUCCUCUUCCACUUAGCCUCACAAUAAAAUGCUAUUAGCACAGCA